AUGCCUCGAUCUUCGUCAUCCCGCGAGGCACGCGCAUCAAAAAACAAGAGCUUGGUUUUGGAAGCGCGACGACUGGGCCGGUAUAUGCGACUCAACAAUCGGCCCAUGACCAGGUCUCUGGGGCCUAGAAUAGAAGAGGAGAUACCGGUUUAUCUAGGCUCUAAUGAAAGACUCAUCACCCCAGCGCCAGUAACAGAUCCCGCGGAUCAAUAUUAUGGUUCGGAUGGUUUCGCAGAUGUAGAAUUUCCCGAUUUGCCAUCCCCCAACGUUACUUUGCUUCAAAAUUCUGCCGUCCAAAAUAUGGCUGCCUUAAUCAAUCGUUAUCCACGUGAAAUAACACUCAUUGCCCUAGGUCCACUGACCAAUGUGGCUUUGCUGAUAAAAAUGUACCCAGCGGUUCGCGAUAAUCUGAAGCAAAUCUUCAUUAUGGGAGGCAAUAGACACGGAGUUGGUAAUACAGAAAGUGCUGCGGAAUUCAAUUUCUAUUCGGAUCCUGAAAGCGCUAACAUUGUUAUUAACAACUUCGAACAAAGUAUCACCCUCCUUCCUUGGGAAACUGCAUCCAAAGAAGAAUUAGCCAUUGAUCGAACAUGGCGUUUUGACGUGCUGGGUUCUGCUGAUAAUCCUGUCGUUGAAAUUCUUAACGCAGUCGAGAGUAAAGUUCUAAGAGAAACCGACUCUUGGCUGCCGUGUGACUUGUUGGUACCGAUGGUAUUUGCGAAUCCGAGUUUGAUCACCGAUCAGAAGCACUACCAUGGUGAUGUCGAACUUUAUGGCGGCUUGACACGUGGUAUGCUCGUUUUGGAUUACAAAAAUGAAGGUAUUGGAAACAUCGGAGUUAUUGAUAACAUUAAUAAGACUAUGGUGGAAAUGAUUCUAUUGGAUUUAGUUUCACUACCCUGAUUCUAUUUUUAAAAAAAUGUACAAAUAAAAUUGAUAUGCUUAUUUAAAUAAAAAAGUAUAUUCAAAAAUUCUUAAUAAACACAGAUUAUAAUAAAACAUGUUAUGAUUAUGAUAUAUUCAAACGAGUUCACUCUACAAUUC